ACACAGGAGCCGCCGACCAACUGUAGUCCUUGCCCUCUCCAGAACCAUGCGCAGGGCGUGAAGAGGCCUGCCGGGGGGCAUGGAGAUCGUGCUUGAAGUCGUUGUUCGAGGCAGCACGAGCAAGAGGCAGCUGGAGUCCUCCAUCAGGUGUCACCACCGACGUUCCUUGAGGACCUUUAUGAAAGGUGGCACGACGGAGAGCGAACAAAAGCUGGAACACGGACUGCGGCGAAGAAGGCGGAAGUUUCGCAAUAGCACCGUGUCUUUGUCUUCGACGGAAGCCGAAUACAUUGCUGCCGGGGAGGGCGUCAAGAAGGCGUUGUUUGUGCGUGCUGUGCGUUCGUUUGUUGCCCCGGAGACCAGUGGUAGCAGCAGCAUCCAGGUCCUUGAGGACAACCAGGGGGCGAUAGCGUUGGUGCAGAACCCCCACCGCUCAGGCCGCACGAAACACAUCGACGUGAGAUUCCAUUUCAUCCGCGAAUUGUUUAGGUCGGGGGAUAUUUCGGUCAAGUUCGUUCCGACAACGGAGCAACACGCGGACCUCCUAACCAAGGCCCUUAGCAGGGCUAGUCUGCAGUACCACCGGCGCAAGUUGAUGAAUUUGCCGUAG